CGUGAACGAAAAUCUUUCUACUCAAAAAUAAGGAACUUGACCAGUCUCACGAAUCCUUUGCCUUUGUGGAAGCCCCGCAGUAUUCAUGUUACCAGUGUAAAACCAGGUGUAAGUCAACAGAAUUCCAAGUGGCACUUUCAGGUGCCUUAUGACGGUAUUUGGAUCGACAUGAACGAGCCAUCAAACUUCGGUACAAAUGAGCCUCAUCCAUUCUAUUACGAUAGUGCUGACCAUCCCGACGAUGAACCCUUGAGGUGCCCAACAAACGAAGGAGGAAAGGAUGCAGAAUGGGACAUGCCGCCAUACAAAACACAUUCUGUUUACUACUUUGGAGGGAAUUCGUAUCUGGCGUCAAAAACGCUAUGCAUGUUGGCGGUACAAGCAAAUGGAACUCAAAGGUUCUACAAUGUGAAAAAUCUCUACGGCCUAGCAGAGUCGAAAGCUUCACAGCAAGCCCUAUACCAGUCAACCGGAAAAAGAGGAGCUGUUGUGUCAAGGUCUACCUUCCCAUCAAGUGGGAAAUACGCUGGGCAUUGGUUGGGUGACAACACUGCCACUUGGGAAGAUCUCCAAACAUCCGUAGUUGGAGCGCAAGAGUUCAAUAUGUUUGGAAUUCCCUACGUUGGCUCUGACAUCUGCGGAUUCAACGGCGAAUCAAAUGAAGAGUUGUGUUUGAGAUGGCAACAAAUGGGAGCUUUCCAUUCAUUCAUGAGGUAAGU